CUUCUCACAACACAACAUCUAUCCCAACUCAACGAUGACACAUUCGAAGCUCCUUCUCGCUUUGUUGCUCGGCGCCUUCCUGGUCUCCGCCAAUGGCGCCAGGAACCUGUACCAGACUACUAAUCCUGCCAUCUUCGACGACGGAAAGAACUUGUUCCACCGCCCUGGCCUCGGAGGCGGAGGCGGCCUUGGUGGCGGCGGCGGUGGGGGGCUCGGGGGUGGAGCCGGACUAGGCGGUGGUGCUGGAGGAGGACUCGGCGGUGGUGCAGGAGGUGGAGGCGGGCUUGGAGGCGGAGGUGGUGGAGGUUUAGGUGGCGGAGCUGGCGGUGGAGCUGGUGCCGGGUUCGGCGGCGGUGCUGGUGCGGGAGGUGGGCUGGGAGGCGGUGCUGGAGGUGGAGGCGGCGGAGGGUUUGGAGGCGGCGGCGGUGCUGGUGGAGGAGUGGGUGGUGGGUCAGGGUUUGGUGGCGGAGCAGGGUUUGGAGGUGGAGCCGGUGCUGGUGGGGGACUCGGUGGUGGCGGUGGAGGAGGGUUCGGAGGUGGUGGCGGCAGCGGGCUAGGUGGCGGAGCUGGGGCGGGGUUCGGCGGUGGGGCUGGCGCCGGUGGAGGUCUUGGAGGUGGGUUGCCGUGAGGAGGAAGAAAGGUCAGGUAGCUUGCUUGCAGGAUUAAUUAGCUUGAUGUGCAUGGAUCGUCGUCGUCAUUGUUGUCGUGAUAUCUAUAAUGGUAUAUUUGGUACUAAUUAAGAAAGACGUGACCAAAUAUGAUCAAAAUAUUUGCUGAAAUUUAAGGGGAAAUGUUGAGAGUUCUAGUGAGUUUGUGUUCAUCCGGUGUGUACGUGUUUGUCCAAUGCAUUUGUACCAUCUUAGCCAUUCAAUGAAAAUGAAAUUAUUGUCAAUCUUAGAACUGUUGGUGUUGUCGGCCACUGAAAAAAAUUUAAGUUCAUGUGGAGUGAAGAUCCAUCUUAUAGUUGUGAUGAUGAUCAUCCAUGGUUUUGAAAGGUAUAUGGUAAUGCGGUUGGAGCAGAGAUGUUGAUUGAGAUUGAGGUGCGAAUUCAAUGUUAUACAUUGACUGGAUAAAAUAAAACCAACAAAAUUGUUGUACUCAUUAAAACAUGUCAACAUCCUAGUUUCGACGAAAAGAUCACUAUUUUUGCCUAAAUAUUUUGAUUUAUUUUGGCCAUAUCAUUCGGUUAUGUUGACCUUCGAUAAUGCUUUAAAUUGAUUGCGAAAACGUAUAAUCAUCAUCUAUCACACUAGUUAUGCCUUUGAGCAGUGAGUGGGAAUACUAGGAUUUAUAGUCGGAGGUGGUAGAUUGAACAUCCAAGGAGCUAAAAACAUGGAAGGAUGAGUGUGCAUUCAUUGGAUGUACACUCAAUUGAUGUUAAUUGUCCAAAAUAAAGUGAGCAAGAAAGGGUAAUCGUCACGACUCGUGAAUUUGUAUCUACAACAUUAGGCAAAUCAUGGGUCCUACCGAAAUAUUUAUAAAAAACAAGAGUUGCAUAUUGAUAUUUAUGGAAUUAGUUAAGGAACGUUUUCCAAUAAUAUAUGAGUGCACCAUGAAGUAUCAUGGAGGCUAAGCGAGUAAACUUGCUAGGAUAUGAGUCUAACAAGUUUGUCUCACGUGGAAAGUGGAAUAUACAAGGGAGCUUAUUGGUACAUUAUGAUAUUACUUGUUUGUUUUAUGGAAUUAAUCAUAGAUUUGGUAUGUAAAAACCAAGCAUUAUGGACUUUGUACAUAAUACGUCGUUUGCAUGAUGGAUUUAGUAUAAAUAAAUCCGUGGGGCCCACAUACUUUUAUGGUACAAAUCCGUGGACUUGAGAAUUCCACUCCAAGAGGUGGGAUUUGUGUUGGGGUACAAAGUCCAUGAUGACUUUUUACAAUUUUAAUCAUACUUAUUAAACUAAUCACCAACUUAUCCUCUUUCAUUUACUAAUGACCAACUUGUAGUGUAUAUUAAUUUUGCAUUCAAUAGUCGUUAUUAUUAUUCAUUGCACGCAAACACUACAUGAUUAAUCUCAAAACAUACUUUGCAACAUUGAAAACCUUAAGGAAUUGUCUAAUUAUGUGUAUAAUAUGAAGUUGUUAUUGAUUAAUCAUGUUCAUUUGUUCCGAUUGUCGUAGUAGGACGAAGCUAUUGGGUGAAAAUUGUUUUGUAACAAAAAUUAUAAUGUAAAAAUAAAUAAUACUCAAUAAGAGCACUAAGGUAAA